UGGCGUGUCAGUUGCGGGUAGGAGGCGAGCCCGUACUGACGUCAGCGAUCCUUAUGAAGAGAUUUAUGUGGUGGAAUGUGGGGACUUGUAGCUGUUGGAACUACAUUGCCUCGAAAAGGUGAAAUAAAUCUAAAUUAAAAGUCUCAGAAAAGAGCACCUAAUCGAACGGACACUGGCAUGGCUGCUCAAAUUGGACAUUCAAUUGGGGCCAGCAUGUUUUCCUCAACAAUUGGAAUGCCAUUAAGUGACGACAUGUAUGGCCUCAACGAACUGCCCAAGACCAACCUUCCAGCACCUCAGCUGGUUAUGCUGGCAAAUGUUGCUCUCACUGCUGAAGUUGGUGGCUGUGAAUAUCUAAAUGAAGAUAAGCAGAUGGCAGAGCUGAAGACUGUGGGCAAUAGCUUGUCCGACAGCGAGGAGGAUGAGGAAGAAGAUAAUGAUGAUGAUGAUGAUGAUGAUUAUGAAGGAGUGCCUGAAGAUGAAAGUGAACCAGAAAUGCCUGCAGAAAUUCAGAAAACAGUAGGAUCAGACAAGGACAGUCUUACCAGCUCGCCCCAGUCUUGUUAUUCAAUGAUAGACUUGCGAGGCAAAGAAAUCUUUGGGUGCUUUGAUGACAAAAGCAAAAGAUCCAAGCCUUUCCGCUGCAAGCCUUGCCAGUUUGAAGCAGACUGCGAAGAGGAGUUUGUUCAUCACAUCACAGUCCAUAGUGCCAAAAACUUCAUUGUGCAAGAGAAUGCUGGGAAGUCAGCACAUUCCAAAGAACCAGAAGAUAAUUCUGAAGAUGGAGAAAACUGCAAAGGCCCAAUUCGCUGUGAUAGAUGUGGGUACAAUACCAAUAGGUACGACCACUACUUGGCUCAUCUGAGGCAUCACAACAAAGCCGGUGAUGAUCAACGAGUGUUCAGGUGCACCAUCUGCUCCUACACCACAGUCAGCGAGUACCAUUGGAAGAAGCACCUGAGGAACCAUUUCCCAAAGAAAGUGUAUACAUGCUGCCAGUGUUCCUACUUCUCAGACAGAAAGAACAACUACAUUCAGCACAUACGGACUCACACAGGUGAACGUCCCUAUCGGUGCAUACACUGCCCAUAUUCAAGCUCCCAGAAAACUCACCUGACCAGACACAUGCGAACACAUUCAGGUGAAAAACCAUUCAAAUGUGAUCAGUGUAGUUACGUGGCCUCAAACCAGCAUGAAGUCACCCGGCAUGCCAGGCAAGUUCACAAUGGACCCAAACCAUUAAAUUGUCCACACUGUGAAUACAAAACAGCAGAUCGCAGCAACUACAAAAAACACGUGGAGCUCCAUGUUAAUCCACGACAGUUCCUAUGCCCAGUCUGUGACUACGCAGCUUCAAAGAAGUGUAAUCUGCAGUAUCACAUCAAGUCAAGGCACCACGGCUGCAAUGAUAUUACGAUGGAUGUGUCAAAGGUGAGACUGCGGACCAAAAAAGCUGAAGCAGAGAAUUUAUUUGAAGGAGACCUUGAAGAAGCCAAAGAUUGGCAAACAAAUUCUGAGGAAGAUCAGGAAAAACACUCGAGUAUGAAAACAGAAAAAGAAGAGAAAAAGGAUGAGGUCCAAAGAGAGAAAACAGCCAGUUCCAGUACCAUGAAUCAGAUCACUACCCGAAGUCGUAAGUUAAGUAAGGAAAACAGUAAAGCAAGCAACAAAAGGCAAAAUACAUCUGAGAAAACGGAAAAAUCUGAAAAGCUGGUGGUCCGAUCUGAAAAGCUAGCAGGGAAAUCUGAAAAGCUGGUGGUCCGAUCUGAAAAGCUAGCUGGGAAAUCUGAAAAGUUAGCAGGGAAAUCUGAAAAGAUGGUCCGAUCUGAAAAGCUAGCUGGGAAAUCUGAAAAGAUGGCGGUCCGAUCUGAAAAGCUAGCAGGGAAAUCUGAAAAGCAGGUGGUUCGAUCUGAAAAGCUAGCUGGAAAAUCUGAAAAGAUGGCGGUCCGAUCUGAAAAGCUAGCAGGGAAAUCUGAAAAGCAGGUGGUUCGAUCUGAAAAGCUAGCUGGAAAAUCUGAAAAGAUGCCGGUCAAAUCUGAAAAAAUGGCAGCAAAAUCUGAAAAGAUUGCUAUAAAAUCUGAAAAGCCGGUGGGGAAAUCUGAAAAAAUUGCACAGAAAUCUAAAAAGCUGGCACGGAAAUCUGAAAAGCUGAUGGAGAAAUCUGAGCAACUGCUGGGCAAGUCUGAAAAGAUGGCAGAGAAAUCUGAAAAGACCAAAACUGGAAAAAGAAAAGCAGAUGUAAUGGAUUCUGCUGAAAUGAAAGAGGAUGUUAAAUGCACAUCCUCCAUAGCAGAAAGAAAGAAAAGGAAAGUCACUUUUAAAGACAUCAAUCCCCAGAAAAGAAGUGGUCGGAAGGUCAACCGUGAAAAGUUCAAGAAGCGUAUUUCUGAACAAAAAUCAUCUGGUAAAAGAAAACCCCCCAAAAACAAACUAAGUAAGAGAACAUCUAGCCCAUCCAGUGUUAAAUUAAAGAAGAGGAAUAAAAAGAUCAAGAAGCAGCAGUUGGCAGGAAGGAAUUCAACUGAAAGAAAAACUGAAAAGGUUGAAACAAAUGAACGUAUGGCUGAUGAUUCUCAUGAUCUUACACAAGUUCAAAACCAGUUGAUUGCCGAAACUGAGCUGCCAAUCAUCCGUGACGACGACCAGACUUCUAAAGGAGAAGCGAGCGUGCUGGAUAUGGAAUUGACUGAAGUUCAUGAAGACAAAAUAACCGAAAAUACCAGCGAACAUAAAAAUAUUAUAGAACCUGCCGAGGACCAUCGGUGUGAAGAAGCCAAGAUUGCACAAGAGUUGGAGAAUGAAACAAAUGAACCAAAGGAAGCUGUUGAGAGCCAGCGCAGUCAUAAGCAAGAUGAGUCCCACAAAGAGAUAGCCGUUGAGCCAGACAGGGUGGCCAUAGAAAGUGAUUCAAAAACUGCUGAUCCUUUAGAGAUCCCAAAAGUUGCUCUGGAGCUUCCUUCUGUAACUGAUAAAACCCCAGUUGAAAGCAUGGACGUGGAGGAGGACGAAGGCAUUCACAGCCAUGAUGGGAGUGACAUCAGUGACAGUGUUUCUGAGGGGAGCGAUGACUCUGGGUUAAACUCAGGAGUGGGCUCGGCUUCAGAAGUGACCAGUACGGUGGCGAAAGCAAACCCAGAGGAGACCAGACAAGCGCAGGAGAGUUAUGUUUGUAUUUUCUGUGAUCGUAUGUUUGCUGUGGAAGGUGAAUAUAGGAGGCAUCUUAAUCGCCACUUGGUAAAUGUCUAUUAUCUUGAGACAGCAGCAGAGGAAGAGGACCAGUAGGCAAACCUGUGGUCUGAGGGACAUACACAAAUAUCUCAAACUCAGACUGGUGGUGGUGUUGCUGUUGCUUUACUUCCAAGAACUUUUGCUUAUAAUUUUUUUCCUUUUUUUUUUUUACUGAAACAAUGCAGGUUGUAGAAUUAUCCAAGACGCCUGUAUUCCAUUCAUGUAUUUAUCUUUUGGAAGUUGCUUACUUUAGCAGUUCAAUGCAGUUUCAGUUACUGCUGGAUGUUUUGCAACUAAAGAAAACACAUUAAAUAUCUUUGUUAGUCUUGCAACUUUACAUUUCACUGAACAGAUUUUUGUUUGAUUUCAAAACAGUCGUAUGAAAACCAGUUUGUUUUCCAUAUAAAAAAUAUUUUUCUAGAUAUAUUGUUCAGUUCUUUAAAAGUGAGCACUUUUCAGUUCUUUAAAAACAUUUCAUACAGUUUGUGUAUCAAACAUUUAAAUCUGUUGGUGCUAUUAUCUAUGCAGUGUAGUCAAGGAAAAAAUAUGUAUAUUUUAAACUUUCUUUUUCUGUUUAGAUUUUCAGAAAUGAUGCUUGCAGGUUACCUCAAAUGGUAAACAUCUGUAUGUAUGUUUAUUAGGCAGGUUAUUAGCUUGUUAAAAUGAACUGUAAAUGUUAAUUUCACUGAUCAAAUUGUUGGGAAAAAAUGAGAGGGUUCUGGGAUUUUAUUAUGGUUAAGUAGUUCUAAAGUAUGAGCAGUACAAUGUUGUUCAAUAUUCCAACUGGUUUAUUAAAUACGUCAUUACCUGUUAAAAUACUAUGGCCAGAUAAAUUCUGCAUUUUUCACACAAAGCCUGUUUUUUGGCCAAAAGAUAAUUAAUUGCAGCCAUUUCAUUUACAGUUCAUUGAAAGAAAAGAUAACUUUCUGAAGCAAACAAUGCAGUUUGUGUGUGCGUGUGUAAAGUUUAAUACCUAUUCAUUCUGUGAAACAUUCAAGAGGUAAUUACAAACGUUCACCUUCUUUGUAACUAAACCCAGAUUUGAAAUAUACCACCUCAGUAGUGGUGUAUAUUCAUCAGAGGUAUUUUAAACCAUCUCUAAAUAUUAAAAAUAUAUAUUUUUAAUAUAUAGGAACCAUCUUUUUUACAGAUUUCUCUUUUUCUAUGGAUAGAGAAAAAUGGGUUUUUUACUUUUGUGUGUUGAGAAUCAAACCCAAAGAUUUUUUUUUUUCUUGUAUUUUCCUGGUUUUAUAUAGCAUGACCAUUGUAAAUAGACAUAUCGCUUCGGUAGUGUGAUGAUAAAUAGAAUAUUUUUUGUGCCUUUUGACAAUCAGCUUGUUUGUGACUUUUUUAUUUUUUAUUUUUAAUAAACCCAUGUUCCCUGCAGUAUGUUACAUUACAACACUGUUCUUUUAUUGCAGUAACUUUCAAUGUUAGCUCAAUAUUGCUACACUGUAUUUGUAUGUAGAAAAGUAUUUGUAUUAGACAGCUGUUUUCCUUGUCAUUGACGGACUCGCGUUUUUUCAGCUUUUUAUUCGCUGUUGAAGACAUUGGUUGUCCAUUCAUUCCUCCAAGAGAGGCGCUUGAAUGAGGAACCAAACAUGAGGGAAUGCUACAAUGACUUGCUCUAGUGGCAUGAUCGAUGAUGCUAUAAAAAACGAAAUGCUGCUGAAAGUUAAAUGAAUCAUAGAAGCUUGUAUACAGAUCAUUUAAAACAAAAUAAUGCCUUCAGAAGUUAAUUGAUUAAAAGUUGCCUUAAUAUACAAAGCCCCCCCCCCCGCUCUCCCGGCCUCAUUACAGAAUUUCAUGCUCAGGUUGAGUUCAGAAACAGUAAAAAAAAAUGCUGAUAAACCAGAUUAAAAAAAAAAAGUAACGUCAUCCAAAUACAAAGGAUGUAAAGGAUUAAUUUAAAUACUGUAUUAUGAACAUGAAAGAAAAUGUGUUAAUACGUAUUUCCUUUUCAGUUUGGUUGAUCAUGUUGGACAACCUAUCUAAAGCAAUGUUGAUUAUUUAGCUAAGCCAGUGCAAUAUUGUUCAGAGUAAUACCAAAGUAAGUAGCUGUAGGAUAAAAUAUAUUUUUCCUCAUUUGGAGGAAAGAAAAGCAUUAGAAGUAUAUUAACUUGUGCAUGCAAAGUGGCAUUUAUGUCUUGUGCUCUAGCAUGGUUGAAAAUGAGAAUCUUGGAUGAUUAUUCACGUUUAUUAAACUAAAUAUCCUAACAUUUGCUCAUUGUACAUUUGUUAUUGUAUCCCAAUGUAGGUCAUUGUAGCUUUUCUGAAGUUAGAAACACUGUACCUGUUUUUCAUUUAUGUAUUACAUAUUAUGCUUAUAUUCAAAAAAAUAUAUCUGUAAUUUCCGGUUGCUGUCUUCCUGGUGUAAAAUGAAACGGUAUCCCUUUUCUGUGGUGUAAUUAACAACAAAUAAAAUGAUGUUCACCUGAUUACCGAUCUAAAGACUGCUAAAUAUCAGGUUGUAGUAUAGAAAGUCCACAUUUUCAUUUACAGCAUUUUGCACCAGUUGCCUGUUUAUAAAAGCAUUGCAUUGUUACAGAAAAUAUUAGACAGUACCAAUGUUACCUUCUAAAGAGCAUGUGAGGAUUCGGCAAGGGUAGUGCUCAGACCCCCCUCCUAGUGAACUCAAAACCUCGCUGAAGGUUUAAAAGUUCAGAUAGGUGAAUGCUUACUGAAACAAUUAGCAUUGGGUACUCCAAAUUACAUUUUUAAAGAGAGCGUGCAUAUUUUAAGUAAUUUAUCGUAUAUCAAAAAAUUAUUGGAUUUAAGAUUAAAGUAUGUAGUUAUCACAUUUAAUUGUGUUUUAAAAAGUAGAUAAUUGGACUUUUCUAAGCAUAUCUUUAGUUACCUUUUUUAUUAAGAGGUUAUUGGCAUGAUCUAAUGAUGGCUUUCAAGGAGAAUUUUUUUCAAAGUGUGUAGCCUAUUGCCCUGUUUGUUUUUGUUUUUUUUAGUAUACGUUUGGUGAAAAAAAAAGGGAUAUUGGAUCAUUUGCUUCAGAGCAUUGAGCUAUCUGGUGUACAGAACUGUUCCUUGCUGCAGAUAAACACUGUGUUUAGUUUUUAAAUAAACGCUAAAGCUGGUGAA